AUGAUUAAUGAAGUAAAGUGGGGAGGCUGUCCUCCUCUUUCUCCUCCUCCACCUCCUCCUCUAUGGUUGUCUCAAUGGAAAGGUCUUCCCCACCCACACACACCCCAUGGUUACGUUCGUAUUGUUUUGCAAUUUUCCACCACUCUGAUGCAUAACUGUCAAAUUUUAGAAAUGUUUGUAAGUAAUUUAUGCUACUGUGCAAUGUUUAUUUGGCUAUUUUGUGGUUUUGUCUUUUGCUCUGGCUAUACUACUCCAAUAGAGGUGAACUUUAAAUCUCUUAAAGGUUGA